UUAAAAUGCCAAAACAAUGAAUUCUCCGCUUUACACAAACACGAGCAGCUAUGUGGAGAGCGCUCGGGUGUAUUUGAAGCAGGACGCCACAUCCACAAUUGUGAUAAAGUGCUGCCUUUGCAGUGCCGACGCAUUCAUCGGGGCCGGGUGGGAUGUGUUUAUGAAUCAUUUAAGACGCCGGCACAAGGAUGCCAGCAAGCUCGACUGCGAUGAGAGUGAAAUACAUGAUGAAAUAGAACUAGAGUUGGCAGAUGCUGAAGAUAAUAGCACAUCGGAAUCUCAGGGUGUAGGCAACGAAGAGGAGCAGAGAGAGGUCUUUACGAACGUUGAGUUUCUGGAUGACGAUACCUUGGACGACAAUGAUUUGAGCCGCGAAUCAGAGGCAGAAGAGGAAAUCGAAAACAGCAAAGAUAACUACGUCCUGAACACGCCGCAGAAGCCCUUCUACAACUUGCUUCGUACGAGUCCGGAGAUAAUGCUCCAUUUCAUAGAUCUUCUGGAACAGCACACACAUCUUUGGCAAUCCCACAUGGGGCUGUUCAGAAAGGAGCGCCUGCAGAGUGCUCAACGGGUUUCGGAUGCUAUGGCUAAGCGCUUCUGUUUCUCGCUGUUGCCGCAGGUAGUUUGCACGAGCUCCCGAUCUCUUAAGGCCUGGUUCGAGCGCCAGUAUGCCAGUAACGUUCGUUCCAAGAGCUGGCACUGCCGCUAUCCCGCCUACUACGACAGACUAAUUCAGUUUAUGCCCACAACCCACAUAGAAGUAAAUGUUUGCGACGAAUGCAAGCGGAGCUUCCUCAACGAAUACCAACUGGAGGUCCACAAGUACAGAGUACACUGCGGCCAGAAUCCCAACGUCUGUAGUGUGUGCAAAAAAGGGUUCCCAUGCGCCUCCAAACUGCUGGAGCAUCGGGCCCGCUACCACUUUAAGCCUGUGGAGUGGCAGUGCAAGCUGUGCUCGUAUAAUGCUGGCUCAAAAUGGGAUUACCAACAGCACCUGAACGUGCACUCCGGCCAGCGGAACUACACAUGUGAAAUGUGCGGCCAAUCGUACAAGAGCACCUCUGCCCUGGCAGUUCAUCGGCGAACCCAUUCACAGCCACAACUGGCCUGUCCCCACUGUCAGAAGCACUUUCGAGAAAACUGUACCCUCAAAAAUCAUAUAAAGAGAGUUCACAAACGCGAAAAUUCUCGAAACUACGCUUGCCGCGUGUGCUGGAGGAGAUUUCAAACCGUUGAGGUAUUGAGAUUGCACGAACGAGUUCAUGUAAAUGUGCAGCAGAAGGGACUGUCGGAGACAGAUGCUGAUGACCCGGCUGGCACAGAGAUUGACUCAUUUUUGGCUCAUUAAAGUUAUUGAAAGUAAACUUUCACUUGAUAAACACAA